CGUAACAGAGGAUAUUGGGAAUGGCUAAACGAAGGACGACACCGAUGAUCUGAAGUUUUUCAUAGGAAUUCCGAUGAGAAGGAGAAGAAGAAGGAAAGAAUAUUAAAGAUGGGUUUUUCUGAAGACAAUCUUAUAGGUUUUAUUUUGGCUCUUAGCUCUAGUGCUUUUAUAGGGGCAAGCUUCAUAAUUAAGAAGAAAGGUCUGAAACGAGCAGCUGCUGCUUCUGGAGUCCGAGCAGGAGUUGGUGGGUAUUCUUAUCUUUUGGAACCUCUCUGGUGGGCAGGGAUGUUCACAAUGUUUGUGGGAGAGGUAGCAAAUUUUGUGGCCUAUGCAUUUGCCCCAGCAGUUCUUGUUACCCCUCUUGGCGCCUUAAGCAUUAUUGUCAGUGCCGUGUUGGCUCACUUUAUGUUGAAGGAAAAGUUACAUAAAUUGGGGAUCUUGGGCUGUGUAAUGUGCAUUUCUGGUUCAGUCAUAAUUGUUCUCCACGCACCACAGGAGGGUGCAAUCACUUCUGUUCAGCAAAUAUGGAAUAUGGCAACACAAACAACUUUUCUGCUUUACGUGGCAUCAGUAAUUGUGCUGGUUUUCAUUCUAGUCUUCCAUUUCACACCACGAUGUGGAAAUACAAAUGUACUGGUUUUUACAGGCAUUUGUUCUUUGAUGGGCUCCCUCUCGGUGAUGAGUGUUAAAGCCCUUGGAACUUCCCUGAAAUUAACCUUCGAGGGUAUGAAUCAAUUAAUAUACCCAGAGACGUGGUUUUUUAUGGUGGUGGUGAUUACAUGUGUCGUUACUCAAAUGAAUUAUCUCAACAAGGCUCUUGACACCUUCAACACUGCAGUUGUGUCUCCUAUAUAUUAUGUUAUGUUCACAUCACUUACCAUUCUUGCAAGCGUCAUAAUGUUCAAGGACUGGGAUAGCCAAAGUGCAGGGAGCAUUGUGUCUGAAAUUUGUGGCUUCGUUACAGUGCUUUCCGGGACCAUCUUAUUGCAUGUGACGAAAGACUUUGAGAGGACUCCUUCUUUUAGAGGUCAUAACUACGCACCCUUAUCCCCAUCAUUAUCAACCCGGCUUUGCAGUGGAAAUGGGGAAGUAUCAAAGCAUGAUGAGGAAGAAGUACCUCCUGAGGAUAUCUGCUUGAGAAGACAGGAGCUGUACUAGUUGCUGUCUACUUUCCAAAACUGAUACCACUUUACCAGAUUACAAGAUUUUAUGAAAUUUCAGUGGGAAUUCUGCAAACUCUGAGAAAGUAAACUAUGCUAAGAUGAGUUCUCACUAUUCAAGUCAAUGGAUUCCAGAAGAAAAUAUUGGGGAUUAUGUGAAGAUUAAUGGAAUUUGGUUCAGUUAGCUUUGGUAGCAGACUUUUUCGGGUUCUACACUAAAAUAUUUGUUGUGAUGAAAGAGGUCAGGAUUAUGGUGAUAGAUAUUUUACAUUCUGCAAUGCAUGCCACUACAUACUUGUAAAAAGUUCUUGGAGUUGCUGUGUUAGAGGUUUGCUGGAUAUGGUGAGUUUUGUGAAAAUAUAACAGAUGCAUUGGUGACAUGGAAACAUUGACUUGGUCUGGGUCUCCUUCUGCAGGAAUUCUCUCUGACAGUGUAUCAGUAUGUUUGGGUAAAUGAUUUCCAAGUGGAAAUCCAUUGACAUGUCCAUACAAGUUUUGGGUAUUUCUGGGCCCUGAAGAAAACUCACUGCCUGCUUGUAUAGUAAUACUUGAUUUAUUGUUCUGUUCA